AUGUCUUACAAAGUACCCGGCGACUUAAAAUUCCCGGAUCAGGCCACUUCCGACGGAUCCGGCGAUCCGCGGGAACACCUUCUAAGCUACCAGGCUAAGAUGCAGGUUUUAGGAGUCCGAGACCCUGUCAUGUGUCGCGCUUUCCUACCGACACUAAAGGGCUCGGCGCAGAGAUGGUCGGUAGCUCUGCCCCCGGGAUCAAUACACAAUUUCGAAGAGUUAGCCAACCGUUUCAUGAGCCACUACGCGGCCAACAUCAAGCUACAGAAAGAUCUGACCCAUCUGGGAGACGUUCAUCAAGAGGAGGGUGAAUCCCUCAAGACCUACCUGGCCCGAUGGCAAAAAGAGAUCCAGUCUAUCGAGGAAGUUGAGGACCAGACCGCCCUCACCUUCUUCAUCGAAUCUUUACGAUCCGGGCAGUUGUACCGUGAUUUACGGGACAACCGGCCAACCACCUACGCAGAGGCCAUACAUAUGGCUAACAAACGAGCCAACACGGAACAGGCCAUGAAGCACAAGAGGCAGCGUGAGGCCGGGGGAUCCGCUAAUGGAAAGAGAACCCGUGCGGAAGCUUAA